AUGGCUACCACCACCAGCAUCUGCAUCCGCCAGUUCUCCACCUGUGGCUCCAUGCAGGGCCUAUGUGUGCCUGGCAGGGGCUUCUCCCGGGUGUCCUCGGUCUGCGGGGGUGCCUGUCUGGCCCCCAGCCUCCUGGGAGCCUGUGGGGGUGGCGGCCUGUCGGUCACUUCCUCCUGCUUCUUGGCCGGCUUGCGGGGUGGCAGCUACGCCUGCAGCCUGGGUGGGGGCUCCGGCUCCGGGGUGUUGGAUGUGCUGCUGGGAGGCAGCGAGAAGGUGACCAUGCAAAACCUCAGUGACUGCCUGGCCUCCUACCUGGACAAGGUGCGUGCGCUGGAGGCGGCCAACGCCAACCUGGAGGUGAAGAUCCGAGACUGGUACCAGAGGCAGAGCUCUGGCCUGGCCUGCGACUACAGCCACUACUUCAAGAUCAUCCAGGACCUGCGCAGCAAGCCUCUCGCCCUCCACAUCCUGGCGGCUGCCAUCGACAAUGCCAGCUUCGUGCUGCAGAUUGACAAGGCCCGCCUGGCGGCAGAUGACGUCCGCACCAAGUACGAGAAUGAGCUGUGCCUGCGGCAGAGCGUGGAGGCCGACAUCAACGGGCUGCGCAGGGGGCCGGACGAGCUGACCAUGACCUGCUCGGACCUGGAGAUGCAGAUCGAGGGCCUCACGGAGGAGCUGGCCUACCUGAAGAGGAACCACGAGGAGGAAAUGAACGCCCUGAGCGGCCGGACUGGCGGGGACGUCAGUGUGGAGAUGGAUGCAGCCCCCGGAGUGGACCUGAGCCGCAUCCUGAACGAGAUGCGCGACCAGUACGAGCAGAUGGCGGAGAAGAACCGCAGGGAGGCCGAGGCCUGGUUCUUCAGCAAGAGGGAGGAGCUGAACUGCGAGGUGGCCACCAACACUGAGGCCCUGCAGAGCAGUAAGAGCGAGAUCUCUGAGCUGCGCCGCUCCGUGCAGAACCUGGAGAUGGAGCUGCAGUCCCAGCUCAGAAUGAAAGCAUCGCUGGAGAACAGCCUGGCGGAGACGGAGGCGUGCUACGGGGCCCAGCUGGUCCAGCUGCAGGGGCUCAUCAGCGGUGUCAAGGUCCACCUGGCCCAGCUGCGCUGCGACAUGGAGUGGCAGAACCAGGAGUACCAGGUGCUGCUGGACGUGAAGACGCGGCUGAAGCAGGAGAUCGCCACCUACCGCCACCUGCUGGAGGGCGAGGAUGCCCACCUGGCCGCUCAGUACUCCUCCUCCCUGGCCCCCAGGGCUGGGCCUGACUCCCCGUGCCUUCCUCCACGCUCGGCCACGGCGACCAGCCGCCAGGUGCGCACCAUCGUGGAGGAGGUCUAGGACGGCAAGGAGGCAGUGUCCUCCCGCGAGCAGGUGCAUUGCUCCACCCACUGA